CAAACUCGGCAACGCGUUUCUGUUCAUUUUCAAAUUCAUAGUAGGGUAGUAGAAGUAUCUUCCUUGUCAACAAGAAACAUGUGCUGGCACUGACUCCACUCCUACUACUAAUACGCGUUUCUGUUUUUAUGCUUUUUAACCUUUUUGGGUAGCGCAGAGUCCAGAGACCAAUUACCAUCUUCACAACGAGUCGAGAACAGACCACAGAGCAAGAGCAUCCAUCUAGCUGGCAUGGUCCGUUGCAGAUUCAUUUCCUCUUUUGUGCUAGUUUCGCUGCUGCUUUUACCAACGCUUGCCAGCCGAUCGUUCCCCACAAAACUAGAUGCCAACCCUUCGCCGGGAUACCGUGAAGCACCCGUGUAUAGGAAUGGAGACCAGUGUCAAAUCUCAGCUCCGAGAGACUCGGGGGAAAUGGGUGUUUGUCGUCCUUUCCUCGUUCACGUGGCCAUGACGCUUGAUUCUGUCUACUUUAGAGGUUCCGUGGCAGCAGUUAACUCCAUACUCAGGCAUGCUUCUUGCCCGGAAAACAUUUUCUUUCACUUCGUCGCAGAUCCAGCUUCCAGUGCCGCCGGCUCUUCACCUACGCCUGACGAAUUCGCUACAAUCCUAAGAUCCAUCUUUCCGUCCCUGGCUUUCAAGGUUUAUCCUUUCAACUCUUCCGACCGUGUUAAGAAUUUGAUAUCCUCUUCCAUUCGUCAAGCUCUGGAUAACCCCUUAAACUACGCAAGAAGCUACUUGGCUGAAAUCAUCGACCCAUGUGUAUCCCGAGUGAUUUACCUGGAUUCUGACAUCAUCGUCGUCGAUGACAUCCAGAAACUGUGGUCAACAGCUCUGACCGGUUCUACAGUAAUUGGUGCUCCUCAGUACUGUCAUGCCAACUUCACCAAAUAUUUCACCAAUCAGUUCUGGGUUCGACCAGAUUUUUCAAAGACUUUCCGAGGAAAGAAACCGUGUUAUUUCAAUACAGGGGUGAUGAUCAUGGAUUUAGACAAGUGGCGGAGGGGAGACUUUACUGGGAAGAUUGAGAAAUGGAUGGAGAUACAGAGGGAGACGCGGAUAUACGAGUUGGGUUCGUUACCACCUUUCUUGCUGGUUUUCGGCGGAGAGGUUCACGCGAUUGAUGACAGAUGGAAUCAACACGGCCUUGGCGGGGACAAUGUGGUAAACAGUUGUAGGUCAUUGCACCCUGGUCCGGUUAGUUUGCUGCAUUGGAGCGGAAAGGGAAAGCCAUGGGUGAGGCUUGACGAAAGAAGGCCAUGUCCUGUAGAUCAUCUAUGGGAACCCCAUGAUUUGUAUAGGCAACGUGGCCACAACGGCCGCCGCGCACGGUGGUGACCUGAUGCAAAUUUUUUAGUUCUUUCUCUUUUUUCUUUUUUUUUUUUUCAUUUUCUAUUGGUUCAUUUGUUACUUUGUCCCUUGAUACAUUCAUAUUCGACAAUUCUUUUGUAUAUAUAAUACUGGGCAAUCUGAUGGUAUUUGGAUACAUCAGCGAAUAGAUUUGUUGGCUUCCCUGUAUGAGAAAUUUUCGAUGCAGAGCAGUCCUUUUGUUUGCCCGUUAAGCGAGCCAAAAUGGUAGACGGAACCAACCGAGAUGUACUUCAAUACAGUGAAUUUUGGUCUUUUGGACAAUAAAGAAUUCUUUGAUUCGAGCACGAUGACUGUUUCUUUCUUGUAUAUUUUAUAAAUAGAGACCUCGUAAAUGAAAAAUUCAAAGUUUUCUCAGUCCGUCAAUAUAAGAUUUUAUAACAAACCAUUUUUUUGCAGCAUUAACUACUAGUGCUAUUUCUUAAUUUGUGCUCUAAAUUCUAACAAAUUGGUUAUCAAAUGCCAACAAAGAUGCCAAGGACAAAUGGAAGUGAGAGUUCCCAAUUCCAAAGCACAUAAAUUAUCGUAUUUAUCAACUCAAAUUUCAAACGAAUGACUUCAUAUCCGUAGCCAGGGAAAAUAGAAAUGUUGAGACCUUAGCACCAGCUUCGCUGCAAUUCUUUUACAUACAAGGUAAUAGAUAUCCAUAUGAACUUACACAUGACACUACGUAACUUGUUUCCGCUGAUACAAAAUGAUAUAAAAGAUCACACAAAAUUUGACAAAGAGGAAGUAGAAAAAAGAAGAAUGUACAUUCCCUCCUACUUACAAGAAGCCGACAGCACAACUUAGAUUAGAUGCAGUCUAUUCUCCAACCAGAAUGUACAUUCCCUCCUACUUACAACAAACCGACAACACAACUUAGAUGCAGUCUAUUCUCCAACCCUCUUAAAUGAUGUCCCAGCAACAUGCACC